AUGGCUCCCACUCGGAGUAUUAUUGGAUUUUUAAAUCCAAAAACUAUUAGUGCAGUUUUUGGUAGUAAUAUUUCUAUAAAUUCAUGUCGAUUUGUACAUAGGUGCAACAGUUGCAGUCAUACCUUGGGUAGUCCCGCAAUAUCGGUUACUGUUAAUGGUCGGAAAAAUUUGAAGUAUAGUGAAUUUAUUGCGAAACAUCGAUAUAUUCACACUACAAAUAAAUUAAAUGCAAGAGUUGACUAUUAUCAAGUACUUGGAGUAUCUAAAAAUGCAUCAGCAAAAGACAUAAAAAAAGCCUAUUAUCAACUAGCAAAGAAGUAUCACCCAGAUGCAAAUAAAUCUGAUCCAGAAGCUCCUAAAAAGUUUCAGGAAGUCUCCGAAGCUUACGAGAUACUCUCUGAUGAAAAUAAACGCAAACAAUAUGAUACAUAUGGCACAACAUCAGAGCAAAUGGGCAUGGGAGGUGGACCAGCUGGAUCUGAUAGCUUCUCUCAUCAAUGGCAAUACAAGUCCACUAUUGAUCCUGAAGAGCUUUUCCGUAAGAUAUUUGGUGAUGCUGGCUUUAAAAGUGAAGCUUUUAGUGACUUUGCCGAAAGCAAAUUUGGAUUUGGUGCUUCUCAAGAAUUUCUUGUUAACCUAAAAUUUACCGAAGCAGCUCGAGGUGUGAACAAAGAUAUAAAUAUCAAUGUAGUGGAUACCUGCCCAAAAUGUAUGGGUUCUCGAUGUGAACCUGGUACAAAAGCUAUUAAAUGUACCUAUUGCAAUGGCAGCGGAAUGGAAACAUUCUCUAGAGGUCCAUUUGUGAUGCGGUCAACAUGUCGACAUUGCCAUGGUACCAGAAUGUUAAUAAAGUUCCCAUGUGCUGAAUGUGAAGGGAAGGGGCAAUCUGUCCAAAGAAAAAAAGUAACAGUGCCAGUGCCGGCUGGAGUAGAAGAUGGACAGACAGUUCGUAUGGCGGUAGGAAAUAAUGAGGUUUUCAUCACAUUUAAAGUUGAGAGCUCCCAGUACUUUAGGAGAGAUGGGCCAGAUGUUCACACUGAUUGUAAUAUAUCUGUAUCACAAGCUUUGUUGGGCGGCACUGUGAGGAUACAGGGUCUUUAUGAAGAUCAUACAUUACAGAUAAUGCCAGGUACUUCUUCCCACAGUACGAUUCGUCUGUCACGGAAAGGCAUGAAGCGUGUCAGCCAGCACGGCUAUGGAGAUCACUAUGUGCAUGUCAAAAUACAGGUACCAAAAACGUUGAGUGACAAACAAAAAGCGUUAGUAUAUGCUUAUGCGGAGAUAGAAGAAGACACUCCCGGACAGAUACAUGGUGUCUCAUAUGAUAGAGAUGGUAAAAAAGUUUCUAUAUCGGAGCCGCAGAAUUUGGUGGACGCUGUCAAAGAAGCGCUUAAAGAAAAGAAGAAUACCGAAAGCGGGACUUCGGAAACCGAAGAUGAUGUGAAAGAAUCUAAACGGAGCAAGGGA